AUGGAAGAAACUUCUAUGCAUCAAGACCAAUCGCCGAUAGAGCAAGUACGGCUGACUGUACCAACAACAGAUGAUCCAACACUCCCUACGUUGACAUUGAGAGUAUGGAUCAUCGGGAUCACAGGCUGCAUCAUCAUGUCUUUAGUCAGUGUAAUGACUGGUUUUCGUCAGAACCCAGUUGGUGUCUCAAAUUUCGUAGUUACAAUAUCGUGCUACUCUCUCGGAAAGUUCAUGGCAUCAGUGCUUCCAUCCAAUCUAAGGGUUCGAGGAACCAGAAUUAAGAUUUCCAUAAACCCAGGUCCCUUCAACAUAAAGGAACAUCUACUGAGUACGGUGAUCUUCAGUUCUGGUUUAGGAACCAUGCCAGCAGCAAAUCUUUAUGCUGCCACAAGGGCCUAUUUCAGGAUAUCAAUUCACCCAAUGGCAUUCUUCUUUCUCCUACUCACGACGAAUAGUAUUAUAUAUGGAUUUGCUGGCUUCUUCAUAAAGCCCUUUGUGAAUCGCUCAGAGAUGUGGUGGCCUGAAGUACUAUCAGACGUAACAAUGUUCAGGGCAUUUCAUGAGAAGGAUGAAAAAUCAAAUGCAAAGCUAUCAAGAAGCCAAUUUUUCUUCAUGGUCUUUGUCAUUAGUUUUUCGUACUACAUCAUUCCGGGCUACUUCUUCCCUUCUAUUAGUGCAGUGUCAGUUGUCUGCCUAAUUUGGAAAAGAUCUAUCAUUGCUCAGCAACUUGGCUCGGGGUUAAAUGGUUUUGGGAUUGGUUCAUUUGGCCUUGAUUGGUCAACAUCUACCAGCUACACUGGAAACCCUAUAUAUUACCCUUUCUUUGUCAUUUUCAACACAAUGGUUGGAUUUAUUAUAUUCAUGUAUAUUGUUGUCCCUUUUGCUUACUGGUCAAAUUCAUUUAAGGCAAAGAGUUUUCCAAUUAUCAGCCCAGAAGUGUACGACGUCUACGGUGGUAGAUAUAACUUGUCCAGGGUAUUGGAUGGAAGUAGUUUUCAAUUUAAGCAAGAUGGGUAUGAAAGUUAUUCAGAAUUGUACCUGAGUAUUGCACGAGCAUGCUCUAUUGGAUUUGGAUUUGCAGCUCUAGCAGCAUCUCUUACAAACAUUGUACUCUCUCAUGGCAGGUCAUUUUGGAAUCAAUUAAGCCAAUCAACUGAGGAGAGAGGCUGUUCUGAUAUUCAUAUGCAAAUGAUGAAUAAGUACAGAAGCAUUCCAAUGUGGUGGUUUAUUCUUCUUACAAUAUCAAUGAUAGGUCUAGCAGUGUUCACGUGCGAAGGAUUUGGAAAUGAACUUCAACUUCCUUACUGGGGAGUCAUGCUUGCGUGCUUGCUUGUACUUACGUUGGUACCCCCAUUAGCAGCACUUCGUGCCACCGCCUGCUAG